UUGUUUUGCUGCUGUUGGUUGGAUUACUUUAGUUCUCACUGGAAAACCAUUUGUGUCUUUUAAUGCGACUUAAUUUUUCUUGGUGGGCAGUGCCUUUUUGCAUGCUUUGUUGGUUUGUGUGAAAAUGUAUGCUAAUAUUUGCUUUUAUCUGAAUACUGAAUAACCCAAUAAUUUAAGUUGCAUGUGGUGCUAAUCUUGUUCACUUUUGUGCUUGAUUCUUUAAUCUUUUGUUUGAUGAUUUUGGUCUUUAAGGUGAGGUGGGUUCUUUGUGUUGCUGAAUCUUAGUUGCUUAUAUAUGGAAGAGUGAGUUCUGGCCUUUGGGUUUUGGGAUUGUGUCUUUAAGCUUAUGAGAUUCUGAGGUGAGUUACAAUUUCUGAUGCAAAGAUAUGGUGUUGAUCAUGGUGGGUGAUUUUUAAGAAGAUUUUGUUUUGAGAUCUCUGAAAUGAUUCUUUUGGUUCCUCAGAUUUUGUUAGUAGCUGUGUUUGAUUGUGCAUAUAAUGAGGGUUGGGAACUUGAAGCUUUAAAAUGGCAUUGAAAGUGGAUGUUCACUGGGGAUGUCUAGUAACGAAUGCAACAGUUUGUAAUCUUGGAGUGAGCCAUUGAGUAUCGGGGAAGCAUAGUUUAUUGAAUAUAUCACACAGCACUACAGCAGAUUUAGAUCUUUUAGCUGCCAGGAUGAAGUUCAUGAAGCUUGGAUCAAAACCUGAUUCCUUUCAAACUGAUGGAAAAAAUGUUAGAUAUGUAGCAACUGAGCUGGCAUCUGAUGUGGUUGUUAGUGUUGGGGAUGUAAAGUUUUAUUUACACAAGUUUCCACUUUUGGCCAAGAGUGCUCGUUUGCAAAAGUUGGUCGGAACAGUGGAUGAAGGGAAUGUUGAUGAAGUUGACAUUCAUGAUAUUCCAGGCGGCCCUGCUGCCUUUGAAAUAUGCACAAAAUUCUGUUAUGGCAUGUCCGUCACUCUAAAUGCUUAUAAUGUCGUUGCCGCACGUUGUGCUGCUGAAUACCUGGAGAUGCAUGAGUCGGUUGACAAAGGAAAUCUUAUCUACAAGAUUGAUGUUUUCCUCAAUUCAAGCAUUUUCCGAAGCUGGAAAGAUUCCAUUUUAGUUCUUCAGAGCACAAAGUCUCUAUUGCCUUUGUUUGAAGAAUUGAAGUUGGUUAGCCGCUGCAUUGAAUCAAUAGCUUCAAAAGCCUCUGUCGAUGUUUCAGACGUAGACUGGUCCUAUACCUAUAACCGGAAAAAAUUGCAAGAAGAAAAUGGAAAUGAUGGAAACAACAAUGGUGUUAGGAGUAGGCUAGUGCCGCAGGACUGGUGGGUUGAGGACUUGUGUGAACUUGGAAUGGAUUUAUACAAACGUGUAUUAGUUAAUAUAAAAAACAAAGCAAUUAUAUCUGAUGAAGUGAUUGGAGAAGCUUUAAAAGCUUAUGCUCAGAGAAGGUUACCAGGCUUUAGUAAGGACAUGAUCAAGGGUGGUGACAUUCAAAAGAUUUGCUCAAUUAUUGAGAUGAUUGUGUGGCUACUACCUACCGAAAGAGGCUGUGUCUCGUGUAACUUUUUGCUUAAGCUGUUAAAAGCAGCUAUUUGGGUAAAUUCUGGGGAAAUGGUGAAAGAUGAACUAACAAGUAGAAUUGGUCAGCAACUCGAGGAGUCCUCUGUAAAUGAUCUUCUGAUAAGGAAUCGUACGGGGGAAUCAACCACAUAUGACGUUCGUAUAGUCAAGAGAAUACUAGAUGAAUUCAAAAUGCAAGAUCAGAAUGGUGAAGCUCAAGUGGAAGGCGGCCAUGAGAUUGAGGAAGUAAGGAAGCUGGGUAUUUUAUCAGAAGCUUCUAAGCUGAUGGUGGCAAAGCUUAUUGAUGGGUACCUUACUGAGAUAUCAAAAGAUCCUAAUUUGUCAUUGUCGGCCUUUAUUGAUCUUGCAGAGAUGGUGUCGACUUAUCCUCGUCCAUCUCAUGAUGGAAUAUAUCGAGCCAUUGAUAUGUAUCUGAAGGAGCAUCCUCAAAUCAGCAAGAGUGAGAGGAAGAAAAUAUGCAGGUUGAUGGACUGUAAGAAGCUCUCAGCAGAUGCUUGCAUGCAUGCCGUACAAAAUGAGAGAUUGCCUUUGCGAAUAGUUGUGCAGGUGCUAUUUUUUGAGCAAUCCCGAGCAGCUGCAACCUCGGGAUGCAGCACUCCAGACCUUCCAAAAGGCAUGAGAGACCUGAACAGCGGAUCACAUGGGAGCUCCAGAACAGCCACCACUAACACAGACGAAGACUGGGAUGCUGUUGCCACAGCAGAAGAGCUUAGGGCCUUAAAGGGAGAGAUUGCAGCCAUGAGAUUGGGAAAUGGAAUAGUGAGAAGCAACAGCAGCAAUGGUAAAAGCAAUGCAGAUAAGGCUGUUACCAGUAAGAUGAAAGGGCUGCUUAUGUCAAAAAGGGUGUUUUCAAAACUUUGGUUAAGCAAAGGUAAACAACAGGGUGAGAACAGUGGGUCGGAUUCUUCAGAGAGCGUUGGUUUAGGCACCAUUGAAGAAGCAAAGUCCACUCCUUCAAGAAAAGGAAAGCACCUGGUUUCUUAGUAGAAGAAUGUCCCACGCAACUCUUCUUAGUUAACGUUUUUGUAUUCCUGUGCUGGCUCAGACAUUGUUGAAGAAGCAAAGUCCAGUCCUUGAAGAAAAGGAAAGCACCUGGAUUCUUAGUAGAUGAAUGUUACAUGCAACUUUUGUUAAGAGAGAGCUUAUCUUAAUUACAUGUUAGAACUAGCGGGGUUCACCUUCUAUUAAUGCCGAACCGAAGCAUAUAAUUUGGAAAUUUAUA